UAUAAAGGCCAGUGGGUUUGCGGCCGUUCAGCCUGCUAUUUUCUAGUUCUACAUCAAACAAAAACCCAAAGUUUUUUCCUCUCCCACUUCUUGAGCUUUUUUGUACUGCUAAACCAUGUCUGCUCCCGCUUUCCGCCAGGUCGCUGCCGAUUCCGCCGAGGUCGCUGCUCUCAAGGUUAAGACCAACCUCCUCAGCCAGUCGCUGAGCCCCAAGGUGAUCUCGUUCACCGACGAGUUCUUUGCCGAGGUCACCAACCUGUUCAAGGACGAGGAGGCCGUGUUCCUGCCCGAGGCCUUCACUGACCGCGGUAAGUGGAUGGACGGCUGGGAGACCAAGCGCCACAACAAGAGCUAUGACUGGGCGAUCCUGCAGCUUGGCUACGCCGGCACCAUCUACGGGCUGGACGUCGACACGUCGCACUUCACCGGCAACCACGCGCCGGUGGUGAGCCUGGAGGCGGCCAACGCCACUGAGGAGGAGGUGCGCGCGGGCAAGGCGCAGUUCGAGGAGAUCCUGCCCAAGGUCAACAUGAACCCGGGCUCGCACCACUACUUUGUGUUUGAGGCGCCGACCAAGGUGUACACCCACCUGCGCCUGAACAACUACCCCGAUGGCGGCAUUGCGCGUCUGCGCGUGUACGGCCAGGUUGUCCCGCAGACCCUGGUGGCCUCGACCACCGAGGCUGGUCUGGUUGACCUUGCCUUUGUCGGCAACGGUGGCCGUGCGGUCGCGUGCUCGAACCAGCACUUCUGCUCGCCGUCGAACCUGCUGCUGCCGGGCCGCGGUAAGACCAUGGGCGAUGGCUGGGAGACCCGCCGCUCGCGCACCCCUAACCACAACGACUGGGUGAUCAUCAAGCUUGGUGUCUCGGGCUACGUCGACAAGGUCGAGUUCGACACCUACCAGUUCUGCGGCAACUUCCCGCCUCUGGUCACCCUCCACGGCACCGUGUCGUCGGAGGACAUCCCUGCCGACGAUGCCCAGUGGACCGAGAUCAUCUCGGGCGUGCCCCUGACUGCCAGCGCCCAGCACUUCAUUGAGGCCACUGGCGGCAAGGACACUGCGUUCUCGCACGUCAAGUUCACCAUGUACCCCGACGGCGGCAUCAAGCGCAUCCGCGUCAACGGCCGCGCUGCCAACUAAAGCGGGGGUGUGAAGAAGGGUGGUUCUUUGUUCCUGUAAGCCAAUUUUCCUUUAGAAUACCUGUAACUUUCUCCUUUUGUGUUUUUUCUAAAUGUCAUCGAUUCCAACAGCUAGCUCGAGCUGCUCCAGAUACCAGCUUUAAAGUCAGUAGGCGGGGCGGAGAG